AUGUUUUCCACUGCAGCUGCAAGACAGCUUUCCACCAAACGAGUAUCCUCUGCUUUCAUGAGAAGUCGUGCUUCUUUUGCCACGACUAGUCGCUCUCAAUCGACCAUGCCAGAGACCGACAGCGAUGACGAGAAGGACAGCAUUGUCAAGAGUCACAUCUUGCGCAAGGACAAGGCUGGUUCUCCUUCUCCCUGGGCUGUCUUUGACGCCUGGGGUGCCGGUAUGGAUGUCAUUCCCGGCGACUUUGACAAGACCAUGUUGACACCGGAAGCCGUCCGAAUUCCAAUGGACGGCGAAAACACGGAAGUCCUUCCCAGUGAAACUGAUAUUUUGGAGUCGUACGACAAACUUUUGGCUUCCAGAUCUUCUGUUCACUUUGGAUAUCCUUACAAUCUCAUGUACGAUCACUCUGAAUUGUACUCUUUUAUGAAGUAUUCCAUCAACAACUUGGGAGAUCCCUUUGUGCCUUCCAACUAUGGUGUCCAUUCCCGUCAAUUCGAAUGCUCGGUCAUUGAUUUCUUUGCCAAGCUUUGGAAGAUGGAAAAAGAUUCAUACUGGGGUUAUGUUACCACUUCCGGAACUGAGGGUAACUUGCACGGAAUUCUGUUGGCAAGAGAAUCCCAUCCCGAUGGAAUCCUUUACACUUCGCAAGAAACUCACUACAGUAUCUUCAAGGCUGCUCGGUACUACCGCAUGCAGUGCGAAUCUAUUCCUACUUUGCCAAUGGGAGAAAUCGACUACGAACAAUUGGCCCGUCGCUUGGAACAAAACCGCGACAAGCCUGCCAUUAUCAAUGUCAAUAUCGGUACCACUGUUAAGGGUGCGGUUGACAAUCUAGACCGCAUUUUGGACAUUUUGACCAUGUUGGAAAUUCCCAGAGAGAAUUAUCACAUUCACUGUGAUGGUGCCCUAUUUGCCCUCAUGAUGCCUUUUGUUGAAGGUGGUUCCGAACUAUCCUUUGAAAAGCCAAUUGACUCCAUUGCCGUCAGUGGACACAAGAUGCUUGGAUGCCCCAUGCCUUGUGGUAUUGCUCUUUGCCGCAAGGAGCACGUCGAGAAGGUUGAACAACACAUUGAUUAUCUAAACAGUGUGGACACCACCAUUAUGGGAUCAAGAAAUGGACAAGCUGCCUUGUACAUGUGGUACAGUCUUCGAAAGAAGGGACUUGACGGAAUUGAACGCGAUGUCAGACACUGCAUGGAUACCGCCAAGUAUUUGAGAGACAAGCUGACCUCGGCUGGCAUUCAAUGCCGUCUUAAUGAUUUGAGUUCUACUGUCGUCUUGGAACGUCCCAUGGACGACAAUUUCAUCAAGAGAUGGCAAUUGGCUUGUGAAGAAGAUAUUGCUCACGUUGUUGUCAUGCCCAAUAUCACCAUUAGCAAAAUUGACAAGUUUGUCGAAGAAUUGACGGAAUCCAGACAAACGUUUGGAAUCAAAAAGCCAGUUUCCUUGUUUUCUUGGGUCUAA